AUGGACAAUCAGGAGCAGCGCGGCUCCAAUGUAGCCCAGGGUGUCCCGAAGCUGGCCCAAACGUGGCCCAUCAGCGGCAUCGGGGCUCUUACAGGCUCCCGAGCCCCUGUCGGUCCGCAGCUGAGAUCGGGUUCGCCUCUGACGUUGUACCCGAGUGCGUUCCGGCGGGUGCGUGAUGAGGAGUCUCUGCCGAAGUCUUCCACCUACGAAGAUGUCGCCCUGGGGCCCCUGUUUCUCCGAAGACCGUCCCGAUCGAGGCAGGUGCAGAGCCAGAUGAAGGAGUGCCUAGCUGCCCUCUCCACUCUCGUGGCCAAGGUGGAGGAAGACCUAGACAACGCGCGGAAGGAUGUCAUCAUUUCACAAAUGCUGCUCAGAUCGGACUCUGUGUUGAGCCAAGUGCAGAACUGCACCACUGGGUCACACUGCUAUGCCCGGCAGCUGACACCUUUGCUCUGUGACCUGUUUCAAUCAGCUGUCGGCCACGAGUAUCAGUCGAAGCUCUCCAAGCACUCGUCCCAGGUCCAGUCCAUCAGGGGCAUUGGAGGCAAGUUUGGUGUCCAGGUGGGCAGAGUUGACCAGUCACUGCACAAACAAGAGACUUCAAUGCCCCAGGAGUGUGCAGCUCUCGCUGCAGAGCUCCACACCUGCAGGGAGCAGCUCGUGCAGAGAGAGGAGGAGAUCGCCAACCUGAAGGUGGAGAGAAACAACACCAGGGUGCUCCUGGAACACUUGGAGUUCCUAAUCUGCAGACACGAGAGAUCUCUCAGGAGAACAUUGGUGAGGCGACAGGCAAAGACUCAGGCCGGUGUGUCCAGUGAGGUGGAGGUGCUCAAGGUCCUCAAGUCCAUAUUGGACAACGACCAAACGGAGGAUGAAACGGUGAGAGAGCAGUUACGUGUGGCACUGGAGGGGUGUAGUUUCGUAGAAGAAGAAUUAGGGGCCACACGCAGAGUUCAGCUCCAGACAUCAUCACAGGAUUUGAUUGGAGGGGGUUUCCUUUUUAUGCAUUGUUUUUAAAACAACAUAUGAAGACUAGCAGUGGGGGCCCUCACAUGUUGCUUCCCUUUCUGAGUUUCCAAGGUGCAGACCCAGAUGAAAGAGCUCCUGGCUACCCUGUGCACUCUCGUGGCCAAGCUGGAAGAGGACCUAUCCAUCUCAAGGAAAGACUUAAUCCGUUCUGAAGCAAUGAAUUGCAUAUUACAAAGAGAUGUCCGUGAAGCCAUGGCCCAGAAGGAAGACAUGCAAGAGAGGAUCACUACCCUUGAGAAGCGCUGCCUCAGGGCACAGCAGGAAGCCACCUCUCUGCACGACCUCAAGGAUAAACUUGAAAACGAGAUCGCAAAGAAGGACUCUCUGCAUCGACAGACUGCGGAUCAAAACCGCCAGUUGCAAGAGCGCCUGGAGGUGGCGGAGCGGAAGCUGCAGCAGACCCCGAGGAAGGCCAAGUCGCUGCCCGAGGUGGAAGCCGAGCCGGCCCAGAGGGUGGCCACCCUCUCCCGACUGUUUGUCUUUGGACACUCUGCUGCUGAGGAAGCUAAAUUGUUGGAAGUGACUUCCCAGCUUAGGAAGCUAGCCGAGCAGAGGCGUGGCAACAUCGAGGAAAGGCUGCGCCAGAUGGAGGCCCAGCUGGAGGAAAAGAACCAAGAACUGCAGCGGGUAAGGCAGAGAGAAAAAAUGAAUGAAGAGACUAAUAAAUGUCUGUCGGGCACUAUUGACCAGCUCCUUUCCGAAUCUGACGAGCGUCUUCAGCGUCAUCUUAAGGAGAGAAUGGCUGCUGUGGAAGAUAAGAAGUCUCCGUUAGGAGAAGUGGGCAAUCUGAAAAAACAGUUACAAGAAACGCAACAUGAGAAGGAUCGGCUUCUACAGAGCAUGGAAGCACUGAGGGCUGAAUUAAAGCGGGCAAGACUGAGAGGCUCUUCGCUUCACCACGGGCGGACGCACGUCGGCAGCAUCCCAGCUUCCAGGUUCCGUCUGGCGGACAGCCCCACGGAUGCCAGCAGCAGCAGCAGCAGCAGCGCGGUGUUGCAGCGCCGCCGGAAAGGCCGUGUGGCCCGUCUGCGACAUGAGCCUUCCAAGGCAAGGAUCUCCAUCCUCUGGGGGCUCUCGUGGGACCCACCUGCCAGCUCCAAUGUCACCUGCCUUUUCCUGUCUGUGAGGCUCUUCUGGAACUAA